AUGACUCGGGCUCCAAAAGGGCUGUUGCUUGCAGCAACGGUGACGUGCCUCCUCUUUCUACUGCUUUUGGAUUCCGCCAUGGCCAAGGGCAAUGGCCACGCGUUCACUUCCGGCCCUUUGAGCAGUCGCGUCAAGUUCCCCAAUUUCCAGUCCACUGACCUGCUCCACCUAUUCGGCUCGGCCAUCUCAUACCACCGCAAGGCCGUGCGCCUCACCUCCGCGGAGCACUCCGCGGGCGCGGCCAUUCUCCGCACGCCCAUCGUCCUCCUCGACCGCCCGGGCAACUCCGCCAACAGCUCCACCUGUCGUGCGCUCGCCUGGAGCUCCAUCUUCAACUUCCGCGUGAGCGGGCCCGCGGACGGCUUCGCCAUGGUGCUCUGGCCGCGCUUGCGCAACCUGGGCUCCGCAGACGGGUAUAUGGGGUACGCGGGGGACGUGCGCUACCGCCGCUCGCGCGCGCUGGCUAUAGAGUUCGACACGUACCAUAACACGUGGGAUCCGAAGCCCAGUUACAGCGCCAAUGGCGCGGAUGGCGGAUCCAGGGGCGCGCUCGUGGCGAGCCACGUGGGGAUCAACCUGCGCAACUCCGCCAGGUCCCUCUCCGCGGAAACGCUCGUUGCGCCGCUAAACGACACCAAAAUCUGGCGCGCGUGGGUGAUCUACAACGGCCUCGACCUGGCGGUGUACGUGGGGCGCGGGCGCAAGCGGCCGCGGCGGGCGGUGAUGCGUGGAAGGAUGAACCUGUGCGCGGUGCUGAAGAAGCCCGGGUUCUUCGUGGGGUUCACCGCGUCAUCCGCAGGCUCCCCCGCCGUGCACGACAUCCUCAGCUGGACCUUCUCAGUCUCUUCGGCGGUAUCGCAGCUGUGUCCCACGUGCCUGAGCACCACAGAGACCAAGACCGCCGUGGCGUGUUGCUCGCCCUUCCGCUGCUGCAACGGCUACUGCCUUGCGCCCACUGAGCUCUGUGGCGGCAGCAAGUGCUGCGGCAGUGUGAGUGCCGUGCACGCCUCAACCUCCCUGCGAAUGGGCGAGUGUGCUGGGCGAACAGGUGCUGCAGUGUUACCAGCAUUUGCAUGA